AUCAUGAACAGGGACAGUUACGUUGUUUGCAUGGAAGCAUGAUAUCUCAGUUACCAUGAGGCAAUAGUUUACAUGUAUAUUGUGACGGGUCGGUGGCGGAGGAUGGCAGGGCAGGGUGUGGUGUUCUAAUAAGGGAAUAUACUGUGUUUGGGACUGUGGACAGGAAAAUUGAACUUCGACUUAAAAACGUAAACAUUGCACCAGCAAGGAAGCGACCAUCUCUCACUAACAACAACAACACUGCCACUGCUGAGUUUAAAAAACAUUCAGCAGUCAUCGGGAGGACAAACCCUUCGUGCAAACUACUCCUACUAUCAAGAAGAAGAAGAAAACCUUCAUGGGAAAAUUACAAUUAUAGUAGAAGUCGUCUAUGAUACCAUGAAUCAGUUGAAAAUGUGCUGUUGAGUGCUACUCGAUGGUCAGAAUUCAAAUGCAGAACGUGUAAUAUCAUUCAAUAUUUUAUACAAGAUUUAAGCCAUGGAAGUGGUCACUCUUUCUGAUGAUGAAGAUCAAAUCAAAGUGGUUAUAACCCACAGCCAGGGACAUAUUUGGAAUGCUGAAGAUGUGAAACUUGCAUGGACGAGAUUUAGAAUUAUUGGUUGUCUUGUGGGAGGCCUGCCUAGGAACCCUCACCAGUCUUCCAUGAUGGGCCUUCCUCUAAAACUGAUGCCAGAAGAAGUUACUCUUUUAUUGGAGAAAGGGUUUGCAAAGCCUGUCACAUAUCAAGAAAUGUUUAUGCCACCAUCAUGUCAAAUAAAGGAUACAUUUGUAGCAUUUAGACAAAAUUGUUAUCAGGAACAAAUUGUAGCAGCUGUUCAGCAACGUAAACAAGAAAUUGAAAACAUUGCAGACACAAUUCUUAAAGGAAAACUUAAGAAGUUGGAGCUCAGAAAAAAACAACAUCCUGCAUCUCACGCAAAUUGUGAGCUUACAAAAGAGAAAGUUAUUGAGGAAGAAAUGCGGAAAAUACAGACAUUACCUGAACAUCUUCAAGUCAUAGAGGUGUUUACAGAAAACCCCAUGAUAGAUGUGUUAAAAUUUGAUAUUGCAAAGUGGACAUUUCCAACAACUGGAAUGGAAAAACUUAGAUAUGCAGUAUUCAAAGAUCUUUGGGAGCAUCAUUAUUACUUGACAACAGGAGUCAAAUUUGGGGGUGAUUUCCUAGCAUACCCAGGAGACCCUCACUUAUUUCAUGCCACUUUUAUUGUCAAGUGUGUAUGGGAUGUAGAGAGUGUAGAUCAGUGCGAUCUAGUGUCUUGGUCUCGUAUUGGCACUUCUACCAAAAAAACCUUUGUCUUAGCCUCUUUAGACCAAUCUGGUAAAGUAGUUUAUCGGUCUUACAAGUGGGUAGAAGACGAGAUUAACUGAUGAAACUGUACUUUGAUGCUGACUUUUUAAAUAUUUAUUUUUAGUUUUAACAUGAUCAUAGUUCUGGGUACUGUAAUAUAUUUCUGUAUGCAAUAGUAUAUUGUUCUUGUAAUUUAACUGUCACAUAAGUACUAUACCAUUUUGAAUAAAGUAUUUUAUAGAAAGGGGAUUUAAAGAUAAGCUGAACAUUUCAUUUGGACAUAACCACAUUAACACACUGUUGUCCUUAUAAUAAUAUGCAGGAUAAUGUAUAAUGCUGGAAGCAACUGUUAGAAUAUAAGAUUGCUGAUCUUCAGUUUUGUCAAAACUGCUAUAUUAUACAUUAAAUAAAUUAUUAUAUUGCUGUCCCAGCUUGUAAUGUGGUCAUUACAAUUAUUUUGUAAAUUUAUGUAAAUUGGGAAUACUGUAUAAGAGCUAAAUGAAAAUAAAGGAAAUGUGAGCUAUCACAAAUUAUUGAAAUUAUUAAACUUUAAAAAUA